GGAAACGAUCAAAGCAGCAUCGUCCCGCUGCUGGGACCGGAGUUAGACAACCGUACAAAAACGCUCGUAACGGAGAAGCUAGAAGACGAGAAUCGGACGGCCGGUGACAGUUUUCCGUCUUUUACGGUGUCGUCAGAAUCACCACCCCUGUCCCCAACAUCCUUUACGACGUCAUCCUCGACCUCACCCGUACCCUCCUCCGCAUCUUCCUCCUCUACCUCCGCCACAUCGUCAACUGGGUCACUUGUACAGCCACCAUCAACCAUCUUGCAACCGAUCAACUAUCAACCUUCGUCGGUCGAAUUGUCCUCCAGCGCUGUAACAACAGCCGGUAUCAGUACGUGCGAGCCAAUCGGCGAGAGCAAAGGGCGCCAUCGUACCGACCCGUGCGAUAAACUCUGGUCGGUCGGUGUUUGCAACGGUGUUGGUGGUGGUACCGAGGAGGAGGAGGAGAAGGAGAAGGAGGAAGAGAGAGAACCGCUAGACGAGUGCAGCGUCAACGCAGCCGUGUCGGGGAAAACCAAACGCCGCAACCGAAGCCGUAAGCGGCCGGAAGAGACGGAGCACCGGUCAGAGUCCGGCGGGAGGCGGGCGGUUAGUACGGACGGGGCGGAGGCGGGAUCGGGACUGGGGAUCGGUGUGGAGGAAGCAUCCGGCAGCUCGGUGCUACCGGAUCUGUCGUCUUCCGGCGACGAGCGGAUCAAGGAGCUGACCGACGGUAACGAUUCGGAAACGACGACGACACGAAUCAUUGCGGAAGGGGAAGGUACCGAUCCCGCCCUCGUAUCCGGCACAACCGCCAUUGCUAACGAACAGAAAGCGGAGGACGAGGAGCAAGAGCACCGAUCGGAGCAGGGCGAGGUUGACUGUAAGCCGAGCGACGGUAAUAUCACACCGCGUAAGCGCAACAGCGCCGACAGCAGCAGCACGUGCGGGUCAGAAAGUGGUGGUCGGGCGGCGGGUGGCAUCGCUGGUGGGGUAGCCGAGCGGCCGGACCGACUCGAACCAGACGACGACAAUCAGCCACAGGACGCGCAGGAGCAGGCGGCACGGUUACCGGACAACGCAGACAAUAUGCCCGUACGCGUGGAUAUCGUACCGCCGCCACCGAACAACUCCAAACAGCUCGGCGUCACGAAAUCCCUCCUGUACAAUGGUUCCAAGUUUCGUGGUUCACAAAAAUCGAAAGGCAAUGCGUACGAGGUGGAGGUGGUACUGCAGCAUGUCGACGAAGCAAACUCUUACCUGUGCGGAUAUCUCAAAAUCACCGGUCUUACGUUUGAAUUCCCAACCCUAACGACCUUCUUCGAUGGUGAAAUCAUAUCGCGAAAGUAUCCCUUUCUGACACGCAAAUGGGACGCGGAUGAGGAUGUAGAUAGAAAGCAUUUUGGAAAAUUUGCUGCCUUCAGCGAGUACCAAAAGACGUUCAAUUCGGACGAUUUUGAUUACGAUGCGUUAGCGAAGAGUGACUAUGUUUUUAUGCGCUGGAAGGAACAUUUUCUGGUACCUGAUCACAAGAUAAAGAACAUCAAUGGAGCGUCCUUUGCAGGGUUCUACUAUAUUUGCUUCCAGAAAUCACAAGCGGUCAUGGAGGGUUACUAUUACCAUCGCUCAUCAGAAUGGUAUCAAUCGUUAACCCUUCAACACGUAGCUGAGUCCUGCAUUCAAAUCUACGAGUUUAGAUAAUUCGCUUCGUGCAGAACGAAAUCCAACCAACCAAGGAAAAAGGGUUUGAGACGGCAACCUAAGACAAAACCCCUUUCACCUCCCCCAAACUCUCCUAGAUUCCAAUCCCGUUUCCUUGCCGUCCAUCCUUUUGUUUUGCUCGUUUACGUUUAUAUAACAAUUACGUUAUUUUGUUUGACCAAUUACCAAUUUAAAGCCCGGGUCGAUUACACAGGACGUAGGAAGUAACCGUUUAGCAAGGAAGUAACCGUUUUGCUAUGCCCUUUCGUACGCAGCGCUGAAAAAGUGGUUCCGUUUAGAGGUUUAGCGGUCGACGACAACGAAUCAAGAUCAGGAACCAAUGGUGCUGUCCGUGGGUAGUUAAAGAUGCUUUUGUCUUGGUAUGUCAAAAACCGUUUCACAAUUUUCACAAUUUUCGCCUUGUUUUGCGCGGGCUGAAAAGCAUUACAAAAUUAAUUCUGUGUUCUCGUAUCCCUUUUGACAAAAAAACCGAUUAAAAUGUUCAACGUUACCAUGAUGUUGGAAAAAAUAAUUUUUUGCUUUCUGUUUUUUUAUCCGUUAUGGCUUUGCGAAUGUCGUAACGAUUAUUUUCAUUUCAUACAUCCUCAUUAUUGCCGUUUGUACGAAGGUUGUACGAAGUAAUGUCUUACCUUUCCACCUUCAGUUAUUGACAUACCAGAAACGUAAUAAAUCGCAUCGCCAACAAUCCGAAGCAUGUGGUCACUAAGCACAACGAACGAAAAGAAAAGCCUUUUUGCCGGCGGGUUUUUUUUCUUCUCGACCAUACGUAUAUACGUUUAUUUACCAGUAAACAUACUCAUGCCAUCUAUAUGCCAACGUUUCUGGCACGUUAAUUGUUUGAAGAAAGUCACGACUUUCGUUUGUUUUGCAAAAUACGAUCCUUCAAAGCUCUCAGUAGAAUUAAAGCCGCGAUAAGGAAAUCCGGAUUUAACUUUCACUCACUGUUAUUUUAUUCAAAACAAAACUAAUCUUUCUAGCUAAACUGUUUUGCGUUUUUUGGCCAAAAAUUACAGUAAUCUUGACCGAUUCCGUUCUUUACCUCACGCGAUGGUUGUAUUAAUGAAGUAAAUAUUAAAACUUUUGGGCAAGUCUUUCUAAUUUCUUUCUUAGAAAUUUGUUCGAUUAUUACGGGUUUUUCGUUGACGUUAAUUUACCGCGCGUUUACCGUUGUGUACUUUCUUCCCUGCAAAAUUUUGAACAGGCCUGGUUUGCGGUUUUCCCGUAUACGUGAGAACGAGUGAGGGUUUUUUUUGUUUUUGUAGGUUUGUUUCUUCAUCGAGCCGCUACUAUCUUCAACCGACGCCCCUGCGGAGCUCGCACUACGCGUAUCUCGCAAUAGCAAUAGCUUCUUCCGCGAGCAAAUGUACAGUUAACGAUGUAAGAAAGAGGUUCGUAAAAUGCGCUACGCUAGUGUAAUUUUAUCCUAAACCGCUCUGAGCACAAUAACCAAUGGAGGAAGGAAGAAUAAAAAAAAAAAUUCAAACAUUGCUGUUUGGAUUGGUUGACAUUAUCUAAAUCUACACGGGAUAAAUAUACCAGUAAUAAACAAAGCCCCAUCUCCCACGUUAUAUUGCUAAUCCCACUUCUCAAGACGUUACACUAUCAGGUUGGAUACGAUAAUUUAUAGGCCUAACAAAAUGGGCACCAGAAGCAAACUGUAUGAUCGAACGUUCGAUCAUUGAGCCAAUAAAGAAGAAUUAUAGUAAUAAUAAAAGACUGUACAACAAGCAUGAUGGAGAGGCGGUGUGAAUGCUGGGACUGACUGUAUGGUAUAAUGGUGGUAAAAACGAACAUUAGCAGCAUCCUGUUCGGAAAGGGAAAAACCCCUGGAUAAGGGAAACCUUUAAAAACAAGGGAUAGCGUUUUUAGUGAAAAUAUAAUUCAACAAUGCAAUAAGGAAUACGGUGUUACGCUACGGCGAUCCAUCAGCGCGUGCGCACGUCCACUUUCGUAACUUAUCGAAGGAUUGCUGUACUUCAUCGAUCGUAGCAAAGGUCACCAGCCGCUAAUCGUUCAGCUGCUGAUUAUUGACCGAGUCUGCUGUAGCACACACUCGUUAGCAAAUCACCGGAACCUGGCGUGUAUUGGUGUACUCGCUCAGCGCGAAAUGAUAAGAUGAACAACAGCAAAAGAAGAAAAAAAAACAGAAACAAACACACACAAAAAACCCAGAUCAGAUAUUAGUGAGCAAUAUUAGUAGGGUCGUUUAAUUUAAUUGCUGGCGUUAGAAAGUUCCGAACUUAUUUUGCACAAUCUCCAGGCGAAAGGGCACUUUUGCUGACACCAUUUGCAAUUUUGCGGGCUUCAUUUUGAAGCGUGUUUAGUUGUAGUACGCUUUAGUAGUAGUAUUUGUCCAACCUUCAGAAACCCGGAACCUGUCAAAACUGUCAGUUGUGUCAGUGUCAUUUUACCCAAACAAAUUGCUUUGUGAAUCGUACACACUUCCUCAAACGUCAGUGAUUAAGUAAAACCACCCCAAAUAGAAAUCGCUAUCGUAGUGAUUUACCCCUAAAGCGAGGUGUCUGAUAAACACGACACGACCAAAAGCAUAGGGAAAUAAAAUGAAAAAAAGACAUACCAGCCAAAACUUGAUUCGGUGAUGGCGGUUUGAUUUGGCAAAUAUGCUGUAUAAUGCUGAGAUAGGAUGGAAUAUGAACCUUUUGGCAGUACGGUAAUGCACAGUCUUCUUUUUUUUGCGCCAAUUGUUUCAAUUCCCUCUCGCAGUGGCGUGGGAAUAUCAUGAUUUAUCAAUUAUCUUUGGCUACGAAAAAAAAAAACACACAGGAAGACAAGAUAAGGCGAAGCGUGAUUGUUGUCCCGAUUUAAUGAAAGGGAGAAAAAAAGAAGAAAAAACAAACUUACAUAAUCGUUGUGAAAGUAAUACGUACACGAACGCUCUUUCGGAUAGCUAGUGACAGCAAAUUAUGGUUAUCUUUUGUUUCUUCUUUCAUAAAUAGAGCUGAGCGAAUCAUAACGAAUUGUAUAGAAAAAAAAACCCGGGG